UCACCUUAGGCUUAGCCAUCGUGAUUUCAUUUUAUUUUUAACAUUUAACAUGAAAGUUACAGCAAUUAUUGCCUUUGGCUUGUUAGUGAUUUUAACCUGUUCGUAUGUUGAAUGCAUGGGAGAAUAUGGUGAUUUACCUAACAACUUAGAAGACUACACAUUUAAUCCAGAAAUUGGAAACUGUUACCAGAUAUACGACCAUUAUGAAAAUGUGGCAUCUUUAACUUGUCAGAAGCCUUUAAAUCCUGACAGAUAUUCCUGUAUUGAUUUAAUAAUAGGAGAAAAACGUUGUUUAGGAUUAAAAACGCCAACGAAUGAAACGAUUCAAUUACUUUGUGAUAAUUCGACGGAAGACCUUGUUUCUCAACACUCGUCUGCCGAUUUAAAUACUUGUUUUAAUAUUUCACGUUCUGCCGACAGCUAUAAGGAAGUGUGUCAGCAAAAAUUUGAUGACUACAGUGUGGGUAUAACAACACCAGAUAAUUUCACAAUAUUAUUUUAUUCAGAAUUUUGCUCGGCCUCAAUAACUAAAGAAGAUAGAGAAAUGUAUGAUGAUUUCGUAAACACAUAUACAUUUGACCCAGAAACGAGAAUCUGUUAUAAAAUAUACAACGAAUAUCAGAACUUAAGUCCUUACACAUGUUUAAGAGAUGAUGUGUUCAUUUCUUGUGUGGAAGACCUUUCUCAUGGCAAACAUUGUGAAGGGAUCGUCACUCAGAAUCAUGAAACAAUCGUCUUAGAUUGUAUGGAUAGUAGGGAAACUUUACAAAAUCGGAGUUGUUUUGAAAUAUAUACUGAUGGCAAUGAUCUCCACGUAGCAUGUCUAGAAAGAGUGGAAGAGCGAUGCAUUGGGAUAAGAACUCCAAGUAAUUUAACAGUGCUACUGGACUGUUAUUCCUGUAGUGGGCCAGGUGAAGCUGAAGAGGAAGAUUUAACAAAAUAUGUGCAGUUUAUUACAACCUACUUAUCUAACGAAUAUUCAGGAAAAAAUUCUUAUUUAGAUAAAACCGAAUUUAAGAUAUUUGAAGAAAAUAUUCCUUGGGAAAUUCCAUCAUACUUAUUACAAAAACCUACAGUCUACGGUUAUUGGUUACCAAAUACUACUUGUUACGGUGUCACCUUGCCCAGCAACGAAACUGUUAUUUUGGAGUGUAUGCGGAGCGACAAACCCAGUCACGUUAAACAUGGCUGUUUUGAAGUGACUAACUUGCAAUUAAAAAUAAAACAAGAACAAAUUGUUUGCAUUAAAGUUAUCAAUCAGGUAUGCGUUGGAAUCACAACUCCCAUGAACUGGUCUGUAGUGUUCGAUUGUUAUUCUGAAGAUAAUGAGGAUGUUGAUUGGCGCACAAACUUCAAAAUCUAUAAAUUGUACCCAGAAAUAGGAAACUGUUACGAAGUAUAUGACCAACAUGACCAUGUGACACCUUUUAUAUGCCAGAGACCUGCAAAUCCUGAAAAACAUUCCUGUAUAGAUGUAAUAACAAAAGAACCAUAUUGUCUGGGGUUAAAAACGCCAACAAAUGAAACAGUUCAAUUACUAUGUGCAAAUUCAGAGGAAGAAUUUCCUUCUUAUCUCAAUUACGAAAAACUAAAUACUUGCUUUAAUGUUUCACGGCCUGAUAAAAGCUACAAGACAGUAUGUCAACAGAAAUUUGAUAAAUAUGGUAUAGGUAUAACAACACCAGAUAAUUUCACCAUAUUAUUUGAUUCAUAUUUUUGUCCGACUUCAAUGACUGACAUAGACAGGGAAAUAUACAGUAACUUCAUAGAUACAUUUUCAUUUGAUCCAGAAACAAAAACGUGCUACAAAAUAUAUGAAGAACAUGAAAACAUAAGCCCUUUCACGUGUUUAAGCGAGGAGGUGUAUAGUUCUUGUGUAUAUAAACUUCCUCAUGUUAAAAAUUGUGAAGGAAUAGUCACUCAGAACAAUGAAACUGUGGUGCUACAUUGUAGGGAUGACAGAGAAACUGUACAAAAUCGCAGUUGUUUCGAAAUAUAUACUGAAAACAACAAACUUCACAUAGCAUGUCAGAAACGAGUGGAAGAACGCUGCAUUGGAAUCACAACUCCAAGCAACUUAACGGUACUGUUGGAUUGUUAUUUCUGCAUCAAGCCAGAUAUUCAGUAUAUGCCUCAAGAUCUGGAACAGCGACGAAGAUACUGGAAGUUCGUUACAUCUUACCUUACCAAUGAGACUUUGGGCAAAAAUUCUUACAUAGGCAAACUGAAAUUUAAAGCAUCUCAAAAAAGUGACGCAAAUUUUAUCGAAUACUCCAAAGAGAUACCUAUGGUUUAUAGUUACUGGUUACCAAAUAGCGAUUGUUAUGGAAUUACGUUAGAUAGUAAUGAAACUAUUAUUUUGGAAUGCAUUUCUAAGGAGAGACUGAAACAUGUGAAAUCUGGAUGUUUUCCAGUAAUUAAUCCAAAAGUGGAACAAGAACAAAUUGUUUGCUCUAAGGUUCUGAAUGCCGCCUGUGUUGGAAUUACCUCUCACAUGAAUUGGACUAUAGCACUAGCUUGCUACUCUGAACAUUACAAAAAUGCACCAGAAAUAGUAAAAGAAUCCUAUAUUAAAAGUUAUGUGGGUAAUUACUUUAUAAGUUUAAAAGUGGGCGACUGUUAUGAAAUCUAUCCCUCUCAAGAAAUAGACGCUUAUACCUGCACGAAAAGUGCAAAUCCCAAAUAUUAUUCCUGCGUUCACUGGCUACCUGGUGAACGACGAUGCUUGGGCCUAAAAACUCCCAUCAAUGAAACAAUUGAAUUUGUCUGUGAGGAUUCUUCCGAUAAAGAAGAUUCUUUUAUUACUGAUAGACUUUCUACACGCAAAAACUGUUUUAAUCUUUACAAAGACAAUAACCACACAGAAGAAGUUUGCUUGAGGAAAUUUGACAACUUCAGCAUAGGAUUAACGACUCGCAGCAAUUAUUCUAUACUAUAUGAUUCGUACUUUUGUCGUGCUUUUAAAACUCCACAAGAUAUCCAAGAAUACAAAGAAUUUAUUAACGACUUUGUUUUUGACCCUAGUAUUCGAAGUUGUUAUAAAGUGUAUACCCCUGAUCAAGAUAUCAGUCCAUAUACGUGUUCAAGCAACGAGAUACAAGACUCUUGCAUCCAUCUAUUAGAAAACAGAAGCAGUAUGGGAAUAACCACACAAAAUAAUGAAACUAUCAUUUUGGAACAUUUGAAUGGCACCAAGGCCGUGAAUGAGACAGGGUGUUUUAAAAUAUACACCCCCGACAACAGAAUACAUAUUUCCUGUCAAAAGCAAGUGGAGGAACGAUGUAUUGGAAUAAUUACGCCUAGUAAUUUAACCGUACUGCUGGAAUGCCAUACUUGCAUAUCAACUAAAGGAGGAGCAGGUCUUUCUACAUAUUCUGAUGAGGACAGAAAAAGCUAUCGCCAAUAUAUUGAGUAUUCACUAUAUAUGUUGACUCAAAAUAAUUACGCCUUAGAAGAUGAGGAGUACCUACGUGCUUACACACCAGAACAAGAUAUACUUAUGUUAGAUUGCCAUGGUCAAAUAAGUGUUUACGACAAUCAUAUUUUGCAUGGUCACAACAGAUGUCGUGGAAUAACUCUGGACACUUUAGAAACCAUCGUUUUAGGGUGUCCAUAUAGUAGACCCGAAAAAGCUGGUUGUUUCGAUGUUUUCAGCCCAGUUUAUAAUGAAGAUAAUGAAAUAAUUAGUUCAGAAGUGAAGGUAGGAAAUGUUUGUGUGAAGAUACUAAAUGAAUGGUGCGUAGGAAUAACAACCCCUCGAAAUAGGACUGUAACUUUGAGUUGUUUUUUGACUCCAGGACCAUGUAGUGUAGUUUCAGUGCCUGAAAAUGGUCCACCUCUAGUGUGACAAUCUUUGUGGCAUAUAUGUAGCAACUAAAAAAGUUCUCUUCUAAUCAUCUACGUUAUAUGUAAGGAUUUGUUCACGGAUUAACCAAUAUAAAUGUGAAAACAUCCAAUUUAUGAAUUUAUUAAAUAAAACACUCAAUUUGCAUUUC